AUUUUCUGGUUUAUCACGAUACAUUUGCAAGAUUAGAAACUAGUGAAAAAUAACAGAAAAAAAGAAACUGGUUAGAUAAAUACAAACUUACAAAAUUGGUUAUAAAACAGAUUACCUUCUUCAAAAAGACAAGAAUUUACUUUUUACAAAGCCUAUUGUUGUUGGUUCACCUUCAUAAUCUGACGUAGCGCAUCUUCUAUAGGUCAGAAACUUUGAAAUUCAAAAACAACUCAAAUCAAGCGAACAGAAUAUCUGGAGAAUAAGUUUAAAAUAUUGGAUGCUGAAUUAAAAAUAAGGAAGUGAUUAUUGAAACACACAUAUAUAUACUCCACAAUCAAAUCAACCACAGCUUUUAUUUAGAAAAUUCUAAAUUCUUACAAACUUAAUUUAAUUAAUUGAUUGUCAUAAUAUGAAAUAUUUCCUGAAAUCGAGCAUGUAUUCUAUCCAAGUCACCUUGAUAUUUUAUUCAAUUAUACUAUAUAGUGAAGCGAUUCAUUCAGAUGACGAAUUAUUUGCUGUAAAUAUCAAUGGAGCCAAUACAUAUUCCAGUUCAAAUGUACCAGGUGGUCUAUCAGAAUAUUCGAUUGAUGAUGAUUUUAUGCAUAUGCAACCAACAUGCUUUCAGACUGAUCCUGCACAACCUGAUUUAAACGGUUAUCAUUGGUUAAUAAUUGAUUUUGGUAUACAUUUACACCAUAUAAAAGAAAUACGACUUGCACCAAAUCCAUUUCAUAAAUAUUUCGAUAUCUCGGUAGUUACAUACUUCCUGGGUGUACAGUACACUUAACAGUCGUAAUCAAUAGGUAAACAUUUAAAGUGUCAUGAUGGAAAUUGGUCGCUGCAGAUUAUCUACAAAACUCUCAAAUAUUGAUGUGUUUCUUAUACAAAGUGGUGAAUCAUUGGAAACUGAUGAAAUGUUAGCAUCACUAAGACAAACAAAUCAAAGAACACCAAAAAAUAUUAUGUGGAAUUCAAAAGGCAUUAAAUUUUGUCAGUCGACAGGUAAUAUUACAGCUGGUACUCGUGCUGCUACAAUAGAAUGUCCACAAGAAAUGGAUGCAAAGUGGUUAGCAUUACGUAGAGCAGAUGAAUUGGAAAUUUGCCUUGUCAGUGUUUAUGUAAAGAAAGCCUAUAAAGAGUGCUUCAUACAAUAUUCAACAGAAGAACAACAAGUAUGGCCUAGUUUAUCAGGUCAACCAUUUAGUUUUAUACGUCAUUUGUCAAAAUCAGCUUGUCGUGCUGGAUGUUCAGUCAAUAAAAAUUGUCAAGCUAUACGCUAUAGAAAAAUAAGACAUACUGGAGUCUGUGAACAAAUACGUGAUGUCAUACUUUCAGAAGAUCAUACCAGUGUUAUUCCAAAUGAGAGGAAUCCAGUUUCACAUGAUUCUUUACUAAAUUGCGAAUCAGAGAAUUGUAUGAUUGAAUUAAACAAAUGUCAAUUAGGUAGAUUAGAAGAAUUACAUCAAGUUAAACAGUCUGAAGAAAAUGACACCAUAAUAUCAAUCUCUAAUUUGAACAAUGAAUCAAAUGACUUACAAAGUGAGAAUAAAUUCUCAUUAUGGGAAAUUCCAUCGAAUUUACAAAAGAUUAAAGCUGAUCAAUCAAAUGAAUUAAAUACUGAAUUAUUAUUUUCUAUUCAAAUGGAUGGUUAUUUAUAUUGUAGUAAAGCUGUUUGUGACACAUUGAAAAUUUAUUCAAUGGAUGAGAAUAAUGAAGCAAUUCUUUGCGGUGAAAUUAAUUCACUUAUUGUCUCACAUUUAAAUAAACAUUAUUUAUUUUGUCAAAAUAAUUAUCCAAUGGAUAAAUUAAAAUUUAUUCGUUUAGAAUGGAAUAAUAUGGGUAGAGAAAAAGCGGGUUAUUUACAUGUAAAUAUUACAAAAAUGUUUAUUAGAAUAACAAAAAAUACAAAAUUAUUCAAUAUGAAUUUAAAUUCAAAUAUUAUGCCAAUGACAACUUAUUCAACGAUGCUUGUUACAAACAAUAUAGAGUUAACUACUGAACAACAAUCGAGUGAACAUUUUGUAGAAGUAAAAGAAUAUGAAGUAAAUGAACAAUAUACAACUCAACAACUAAAAAAUCAAUUUAAAGAACUGAAAAAGGAAAAGAAUGAAGAGGGAUUAAAUGUACAGAACAAUCUUCAUGAAACAGAAUUACUUCAACAAUACUAUCAACCUGAAAAAGGUGAAUUAGAAGAUAAAAGAGAAAGCGAAAAAUCAGAAGCUCUACAUCAUACAGAUUCGUAUAAGGGUGAAGAUGAACAACAUACUGAAAUGAAAGAAACUAAUACCCUUAAUGAAGAAAAUAGUCAUUCAGUCAAUUAUCUGAAUACAAAUACUGAUUAUACAGAAAAUGAAGAAGAUGAAUAUGAUAUGUCGACACUGGAAUCAUUUGAUGAUCAAACAGUAGAAGACGACCUAACAUAUGCAACAGAAAACGAAUCGAAUAUGCAAAUGACGAACAUUCAUGACAAACAUUAUAUGUCGCCCAAACAAAAUCACUUAACUGUAACAACCACUGAAUUUCAUGAAGUUGUAGAACAUACUGAGGCCAUUGAUAAUAUAGUUACCGAUUCAUGGGGGCGACAACCAAACUCACAUAAUGACUUAGAUAAAAAUGUAAAUAACUAUCGAAACAAAAAUAUCACAUCAACAAAACUAGGUGUACGUGAAGCGAGAAGAGAAAAAGACCAUGACAAUUUACAAAUAGCUGGACAGCACCAUCGUAAUUUAGAAAAAAAAUCACUUCAAACAGUUCGAAUUGAUGAAGGGCCGAAAAAUAACUCCCUCUUUUCACGUAGACCUCAAUUUAUUCUGAUUAUUGCAAUUACAUUUCUUAUAUUUCGAAAGGUUUGGUGAAUUUCGCCGAAGGAAAUAAUGUGAAGUAACAAUGUUUUAUAAUGAAAUUUGAGAAUAUUCAGUGUAUAACAUUUUCAAGUUGAAUGAGGUUGUCUAUAUUUUUUGUUUGGAAAUAGGAACAUAAUUGUUUUUGUCAAAAGAUCACUUCAUUAUUCCAUAAGGGAACUUUUCAUAUAACUUUCUUUAUCAGGACCUGCCUUAUUCUCUUCUAUAAACAAGUCUAUAUUAAUUAUUUGACUUCAAAAGAUAUUGAACCCGACCAUGAAUUCAGUUGCACUGGGCACAGUCUUUUGUUCUUUCAAAUUCUUGAUUACAAAAUACAGGGAUUUAGGUCAUUUUUUAUAAAUAAUGAUUGACUAUUUGUCGCUUAUUUAAUGGCUUUUUGCUUUAUUAUUAAGCGCGACCUCAUGAAGGUCAGUUAUUUUGAAAGUUUUUCUCUUCCUUAUGCAAGUUACCUAAAAGCUUAACUUAAAUUUCUUUUAACAUUGUCGUUCUCUUUUUUAAUAUACACCAAAGUGAUGAAAACAUAAAGUGUAUUCAUAUACGAUUGUUUUCUAAAGAGACAUGAUAAAUAUCACAUACCUGAGGAUGGUUAUAAAUAUAACGUCCUCAGUUCGCUUAACAAGUUAAGAGCUAUUGGUCCCAUUGCCAAAUAUAAAAAGUGUUGUUAUUUUACUUAAACAUUAAACACGAAUUGUCAAAAGACUUCAGAGUAUUAGGAAUGUUUAAGGUUAAGUGCACAACAACCGCUCAGACAUCUAGCAAGAGGUAGGAGAUAAUAAAAGCCAAUCAGUUUUAUCAUUUCCAUCUGUAAGUAUUUACAAUCUCAGUUGUAGAUAGUUUUUGAAAUGAGAACCUAUAAUAUACUUGUUCAUGGAAACAAAUCGUUUUUAAUUAAUCAGUUGACGAAUAGCAAAUGAUGGAGAUAAUCUGUACGAAUGUAUAUGAGGGAGAUGGUACGAG